UGGCUGUGAGCAGCGCCGACACAGGAAAGUGCGGAAACGCCGACGACAAAGCAUGCGAGAAGUUUCAACCUGCCUCUGUUCACUUGCCGAGGAAUGACCAUGGAACUAAACACAACAUGGCACUUUGAUAUCACGGGCAAGAAAUGUGAAAAGAAAUUCCAUGCAGACCUACAGUGAAAUAUCUACAGAAAUGCAGUUUGAAACGUGCGUAAACUCUCAAGGACGCACUUGAAACAUUUGUUUUAUUACUCCAUAGAAAAAUAACAAUGAGUCUAGAAAAUACUACCUCGGAAGUCACCAACGGGACCGCAGUACCAAGAGUUCCAACCAUCCCGAUCAUCAUGUUCAUAUUUGGCGUGGUUGGUAAUGUCAUCGCCAUUGUGGUGCUUCGCAAGUCUAGAAAGGAGAAGAAAGAGACGACCUUUUACACUCUGGUGUGUGGGCUCGCUGUCACCGACCUGCUCGGCACUCUUCUGGCGAGCCCCGUGACUAUCGCGACAUAUAUGAAGGGAAAGUGGCCAGGUGGAGACAGCGCUGGCCCGCUGUGCCAGUACUCGGGUUUCAUUCUGCUCUUCUUCUCCCUGGCCGGGUUGGGAAUCAUCUGUGCCAUGUCCAUAGAGAGGUAUCUUGCCAUCAACCACGCGUACUUCUACAGUCACUACGUGGACCAGCGACUAGCCGCCCUCACGCUGCUGGGCAUCUACUUGUCCAACAUUCUGUUUUGUGCGCUCCCGACCAUGGGGCUCGGGCAGAUCAAACUCCAGGACUCCAGGACCUGGUGUUUUAUCGACUGGCAGACCGAAAACGUUACGCACGCCGCCUUCAACUACAUGUACGCCGGCUUCAGCUCGUUUCUCAUUCUGGCUACGGUGAUCUGCAACUUUCUGGUGUGCGGGGCGCUGAUUAUGAUGCACAGGCGCUUUGUGCGGAGGACUUCUCUUGGUACCGACCAUGGGCGCAUCGCGGAGCUCCGGCGGAGACGAAGUAUCGGGCGGCUGGCAGGAGUUGAGAUGCAGAUGGUAGUCCUGCUCAUCGCGACGUCCAUAGUUGUCCUCAUUUGUUCCAUACCUUUGGUGGUGCGUGUGUUCGACAACCAGCUGAACCGGCCGCCCCCGGCGGAACGCAAGUACCCCGACCUGGAGGCCAUCCGCAUCGCCUCGGUCAACCCCAUCCUGGACCCCUGGAUCUACAUCCUCCUCAGCAAGACGGUCCUGCUGAAGCUGCUGGACAAGAUCAAGUGCCUGUUCUGCCGCAUCGGUCGCCGCGGCAACGGGCACCACCACGGGCACUACCACCACGGCAACGGGCGCCCGCAGGACUCGCGCUGCGCCAGCGGGGCGCCCACGUCCUCGGUGGUGUCGCGCGACUCGCCCUCGCUGGUGUCCAGGGAGCUCCGCGACGUGGUCAGCACCUCGCAGACGUACCUGUGCCCGUCGGACGGGGCGGCGCUGGCGGGGGGGGGCACGAGCCCCCCCGCGGUGGAGCGGGCGCUGCUGGGGGGGCAGACCAGCUUGCUCAGCUGCCCCGGGCUGGGGCUGGGGCAAGAGAACGGCAGGACGCAGGGCACGGGGGUGGGUCUCACUCAGACGGAACAGCUGCCCUUCUGCCCCAAACAGCCCCCCCUACAGGUGACUUUUACUGAUGAGACGCUCAAUCUGCAGGAGAGGAGUAUAUGAGAUGCGCACGUGUUUGUGUGUGUGUGUGUGUGUGUGUUUGGGAGAGGAGGGGUCCUGAUUCCUGAAGGAUGUUGGCGGAUGAUAGUGGGGGCUACGCUUUUUGGUUCAUGAACAAACAUAAACGUAACAUCUACUGUUGCAAGAGAGAGAGAGAGAGAGAGAGAAUGUGUGUGUCUGUGUGUGUGUGUGUGUGGGCGCGCGUGUAUGCAGAGGAUUGAGAGUGAGAGGAAGCCGUUGAGAAUGUGCAGACGUUGAGCAUGGGAAAACCCUGAAUGUAUAACAAAGCCCAGGAGCCUGCAGCCACGCGUUUGACGGCGACCUUUGAACUUUGCGGUGGCGAGAUGGACGCAAACAAUUGCCGUGGGAAACUACGCCAGAAAGACUGCACAGGAAAGGGAACCACAUCAAGAGCCAAACACGAGCGGAGGAGAUCUGGACUUGCAGAAGUGAAACACAAACUCACAAGAAAGACGUCGGAUUUGAAACAAUGGUUCCUGGCUGACUGCUGAAAGAUCUGUUAUCUAUCGCUGAAAGUCAGUAAAGUAUUAAGCUAUUGAGGUUUACUGACGAACAUUGGCCUGAUUAAUGCGGUAGAGGACAAAUCACAAUGAAGUUUGAUGUCAUGUCAGAUUAUUUGUUGGUGUUAUUGUUUUUGUUUCCGCUAGUGUUCUGUGAUUAGUUUGUUUGUUUGUUUGUUUGUUUGUUUGGCUGUUAAUGAAUCAUCGGUGGCUCUGCUGUAGAUUCAGAGCGGGUGGGAGCCGAAGUGCAUUUGUCAAACUGAUACUGCUGACUCAACUUCUCACUGGCCUCAACACAUGUGGCCCAGCGCUGAAUUUCCAAGAAAGACAAAGAGUCUGACAGAGAAGCACAUGUUGAAACGACGCAUUUCCACACACCCGUAGCUCAGAAACAGCAUGCCCGUUUUAGCACAACGGCUCCCAGGGACCGAGUCGAUCUGCAGAGACACUGAAAGGGUCUGUCAUAUUUACUGCACUUUUGCAUCUUUUUCUCAAGGGCCUUUGGUCUGCGCCGGACCCACUGAUCAAGUGACCAGCUGUACUUAAUGAACGUCCUUAAAAGAUAGCCUGUACAUAGCCAUAUUGCUGAAAAUGUGAAGUGUUUAGUGCAAUGGUAUUAUUUAUUUAUGAAUGUAAAACACAAUUCUUCUCUGUGAGAAGGUCUGAUUUAAUUGUGCUGGUUUCAAAAAGCUAUUAAGAAAUCAUUUGGAUAUUGUAAAGAGAAGAUAAAGUUCCUCAGUCUUGCCUAGUUUGUGUCAUUGAAAUGAUGUCAUGUCACUCAACAAGAGCAGCUGAAACUCACACUGGUUGUUCAUCAGAGUAGUGCAAACAUUAAUGUGAAUGUGAACAAAACAAACAUUAGUGUUGAAAGAGAAUGGACAUUAAUGUGAAUGUGGGCGAACAUUAAUGUGAAAGAUAUUUCCACUGGGUAGAGAAAGGGGAAUAGAGGUGGCACAUAAGCUGGGUCAGACACUAAUCUGCAUUCUACAGUGUUAUCUGUGCUGACCUUCUACUAGUGACUGAAGCCACUUUAUUCUACGUUGUGAGUGUAACAGGUAAUUUUAGUCGUUUGUUAUCCAAUGAUUGCUGCUUUUGCCAUUCUUGCAUGUUGAUUAUUAUUGAAUCACGUUGCAAUUUUCCUCCAACUGAAUUGAAAUCGGCCACUUGUUUUUGGAGAAAAAAAUAAACCUUAAAUGAAGAAAC